AUGAGAUGGCAUUCUGAAUCUCGUACAAAGGAUGGUUACAUGCGGCAUCCGGCAGACUCUCCAUCUUGGCAAACAUUUGACCAUAAGCACCCAGAAUUUGCAAAGGAUCCUAGGAACAUAAGGCUUGGUUUAGCAUCAGAUGGAUUUAAUCCAUUCAAAAAUAUGAGUGUGACACAUAGUACGUGGCCAGUUAUUUUAAUGCCAUAUAAUCUUCCACCAUGGAUGUGUAUGAAGCAACCAUACUUUAUGUUGUCACUAUUGAUACCUGGCCCAUCUGCUCCAGGGAAUAACAUCAACAUCUACUUGCAACCUCUUAUUACAGAUUUGAAGGAUUUAUGGGAGAUAGGAGUUCAAACAUAUGAUGCAUCAACUAAACAGAAUUUUCAAUUGCAUGCUGCAUUACUAUGGACAAUAAGUGAUUUCCCUGGAUAUGCAAACUUAUCCGGAUGGAGUACUAAAGGAAAACUUGCAUGCCCAGUGUGUCAUCAAUUUACACAUUCGCAGUGGUUAAAACACGGUGGAAAAUUUUGUUAUAUGGGUCAUCGGAGGUUUUUAAAUAGUGAUCAUGUAUUUCGAAAAAAUGCUCAAUUUUUUGAUGGCACAGAAGAGCAUGGAAGACCACCGCCUAUACUAUCAGGAGACAUGGUGAUAAAUGAGUUGAAAUAUUUGAAAUUUACUUUUGGAAAAACAGUUAAUGAUAAUUCAGCUCUACCAUUCAAUUGGAAAAAAUUGAGUAUAUUUUUUGAUUUACCAUAUUGGAAAGAUAACGUAAUACGUCACAAUCUUGACCUUAUGCAUAUUGAAAAGAAUGUAUGUGAAUCUAUUUGUGGGACAUUGCUGAAUAUAGAAGGAAAAUCGAAAGAUAAUCUCAAAUCACGACUUGAUUUGCAAGAAAUGGGGAUAAGAUCAUCACUUCAUCCUAUUGAGAAAGGAUCAAAUAAAGUGUAUUUACCUCCUGCAUCUUUUUCAAUGGGGAAAAAAGAGAAGGAUAUAUUUUGCAAGGUCUUAAAAAAAAUCAAAGUUCCAGAUGGCUAUGCAUCCAAUAUAUCACGAUGUGUUCAAAUGAAACCACCAAAAUUAAGUGGUCUAAAAAGUCAUGACAAUCACAUCUUGAUGCAGCAAUUAUUGCCAGUAGCACUACGCAAAACUUUAUCAAAAUCUAUUCGGAUUCCUUUGAUUAGAUUAAGCAGAUAUUUUCAAGAGUUAUGUUCUAAAGUAAUUUCUCCUACAGAUUUGGUUCGUUUAAAGAGAGAUAUUGCAGUGAUCCUAUGUGAAUUGGAAAAGAUUUUUCCUCCAUCAUUUUUUGACAUAAUGGUUCAUCUAACUAUUCAUUUGGCAACUGAAGUACAGCUUGCUGGCCCAGUUCACUAUCGUUGGAUGUAUCCAAUUGAAAGGUACUUGGGAACAUUAAAGUCUUAUGUUCGAAAUAGAAGUAGACCAGAAGGAUCUAUUGCUGAAGGGUAUUUAGCUGAGGAAUGUUUGACAUUCUGCUCUUUAUAUUUAGCAGAUUAUGUAGAGACAAGAUUUAAUCAAUCAUCAAGAAAUGAUGAUAUAAAUAUUGACUUUACAUUUGCAUUAGAUGUGUUCAACUACUCAGGUCAUGCACUUGGAAAGGUCAUUGCAACUAAGUUUGACAUUGAGAUAUUAAAGAAGGCACAUCAAUAUGUAUUAUUCAAUUGUCAUCACGUCCAAUCUUUUAUAGAUGAACAUCGAAGAAUUCUGAAUCAAAGUCAUUCUCAUAUUCCACCACACCAAAUUGAGCGUUUACAUAGUGAAACAUUUUCCUCCUGGUUUGCCAGUCAUAUUGAAGAUACAACUCUUCCAGCAGAUGAUCCAGUGUCAAGUGAUUUGAGAUUAAUUGCCAGAGGCCCGGAUGCCAUUGGCAUACGAUAUGAGAAAUUUAUUUCAAAUGGAUUUAGGUUUCAUACAAAGGAAGUGGAACGUAAGAGAAAGACUCAAAAUUGUGGUGUAACUGUUAGGGCAACUACUUCAAGUUAUUCAAGUAUAAGAGAUCAUAAUCCAGUAUUAAGUGAACUUGAUUACUAUGGGAUUUUACAAAAUGUGAUUGAGUUAAACUAUGGAGGAGGUCGAAAAGUUGUGUUAUUUGAGUGUGAGUGGGUCUCCAAAGGCAAACGGCUAAAAUUGGAUGAGGAUGGUUUUGUGUUAGCAAAUUUUAAAAAUGUUAGGCGUCAUAACGAGCCUUAUAUUUUAGCAUCUCAGGCUAUGCAAGUAUUUUAUGUGGAAGAUCCAAUUGAUUGUGAUUGGCAUGUCAUUAUCACCACUGAUGCACGAGCAAAGCAUAAAAUGCAGCCUAUGGCAGAUGUUGAUACAUAUCUUCAAAGUAAUAUUUGUAAUUAUGAAGACUACAAUGAACAUGAAGAAGUGGUUUGGAUUCGAGAUGAUGUUGCAGGAGUGGAAAUUGAUACCGAUUUGUGA